AAACCACCUGACAUUGCGUUCUCUAUCAGGCCCGUAGGUCAUCGGGCUCGAUGGCAAUUUUAUAUAGUUACCCCUGAUGUUUCUCUUUUCCCCUUUUGUAGCCAUUGGAAUAGGGGAGAACAGACCCUAAUGUAGGACCGUGUCUUCUGGACCUGUCUGGCCAUAUAGUUUCGGACAUUAUUCAUUCUCAAGUGACUGAACGUUUUGAGUGAGGAUGAUUAAAGGGGGCUCUCGGUCGACCACCUCGCUUCCACCGGAGCCGGUGGAAAUAAUCCGGAGCAAAGCGCACUACCGUCGGGUUGGACUCAAUGUUGGGGGUCUCCUCCACGAAGUUCUAUGGAGAACGCUGGACAGGUUGCCGCGAACAAGGCUUGGCAAACUACGAGACUGUAACACCCACGAGUCUCUCAUGGAGAUAUGCGACGACUACAGUUUGGAUGAUAAUGAGUACUUUUUUGACAGACACCCCGGGGCUUUCACGUCCAUUCUGAAUUUCUACCGCACGGGAAAACUGCACAUGAUGGAGGAGAUGUGUGCCCUGUCGUUUAGUCAGGAGCUGGACUUCUGGGGUAUAGAUGAGAUCUACCUGGAGUCCUGCUGUCAGGCCAGGUACCACCAGAAGAAGGAACAAAUGAACGAGGAGCUCAAACGAGAGGCCGAAACUUUGAGGGGCCGGGAAGGCGAGGAUUUUGAUACCACAUGUUGUUCUGAGAAACAAAAGAAACUGUGGGAUCUCCUGGAGAAGCCGAGUUCAUCGUUAGCUGCUAAGGUCCUGGCCAUCAUCUCCAUCCUCUUUAUCGUGCUGUCAACCAUUGCCUUGUCUCUGAACACCCUCCCGGAGCUGCAGGACAUAGACGAGUUUGGCCAGGUGACAGACAACCCUCAGCUAGCUCACGUGGAAGCGGUGUGCAUCGCCUGGUUCACCAUGGAGUACCUGCUCCGCUUCAUCUCCUCGCCCAGUAAGUGGAAGUUCUUCAAGGGUCCACUAAACAUAAUAGACCUGCUGGCCAUCCUACCCUACUACGUCACCAUCUUCCUGACUGAAUCCAAUAAGAGCGUUUUACAGUUCCAGAACGUCCGGAGGGUGGUGCAGAUCUUCAGGAUCAUGCGUAUCCUCCGUAUUCUGAAGCUGGCCAGGCAUUCCACAGGGCUUCAGUCUCUGGGCUUCACCCUGAGGAGGAGCUACAAUGAGCUGGGCCUGCUCAUCCUAUUCCUGGCCAUGGGCAUUAUGAUCUUCUCCAGCCUUGUCUUCUUCGCCGAGAAGGACGAGGAGGACACCAAGUUCAAAAGCAUCCCGGCCUCCUUCUGGUGGGCUACCAUUACUAUGACUACGGUGGGGUAUGGGGACAUAUACCCAAAGACUUUACUGGGUAAGAUUAUUGGGGGUCUAUGCUGCAUAGCUGGAGUGUUGGUGAUAGCCUUGCCCAUCCCCAUCAUCGUCAACAACUUCUCAGAGUUCUACAAGGAGCAGAAGAGGCAGGAAAAGGCCAUCAAACGGCGGGAGGCCCUGGAGAGGGCCAAGAGGAACGGCAGCAUCAUCUCCAUGAACAUGAAGGAGGCGUUUGCACGCAGUGUCGAGCUCAUAGACGUAGUGGUAGAAAAUAAUGGAGAGAACAUGGGGAAGGUGCAGGACAACCACCUGUCUCUUAGCCACAGGAAAGAGACUCCCAAGAGGACCACCUCAGAGAUGGGCUUCACUCAGUCAUUAGAGCCCAGCUCACCAGACAAAGCCCAUCCCGCCAGCCCUCAGCAACUCAACGCUCAGAAACUGGAGGAGAUGUACAACAAGAUGGCUAAGACCCAGUCUCAGCCUAACCUGAACAGUAAGGACAAGGGGCAUUUGUCUAAAGCGCCCAAGAAGAGAGACGAGAUUGAGAUGGGUAUCAUCCCCACAGAGCCUGCCCCAACCACAGACAUGAGGAGCAUGUCCAGUAUUGACAGCUUCAUGAGUUGUGCUGCUGACUUCAACGAAAGUGCUCGCUUCUCCCACAGCCCCAGCACCAUUGUUCCAGGGAGGGUUAGCACCAACCCCGUGCUCGAGACCACCCUGGAGCACGAGGCCAUGGUGUCCCCCCACAGCGCCACCAAGGUCCCUGGAGGACGAGGCUCCAAGCACGGCCUGUUCUCUGACAGCCCCCGGGGCCUACGCUUCAGCAACCCGCUAAAGAACCGCUCCCUCAAGGUCAACUUCAAAGGCGGGGACGCAGACCCUUCCUCCUCCUCCUUACCACAGGGGCCAGGGGGCGGGGCCCUCUCAGAUAGCUCUGCCCUCUCUGCCCACUCCCUCAUGAGUCCUGAGGUGUCUGUCUACACCACUGCCAGCAGCAAGACUCCACCCCCUGAGACCCUGAUCCCGACAGUCUUCACAUUCCAUGACGCGUCCAUCAGUAAGUUCAUUGAUGCUGACACGGACGAGGAGGAACACCUCCAUGAUAGCUCGGGUACAAACGCCUCCCAGAGGCUUCUGGGGAAAGCCAGCCCCAAGCUCAGCUCCUACAGCAGCCACCACCGCAUGGCCAACCACCUGGAGGGCUCCCAGAGAAUGCUGGGUAACAGUGUGUUCCCCUUGGAGGCCCAGUCAGGUGGGGGACAGGGGAAUCAUGUGCUCUCCCGGGGAGAGAGGAGUCGUUCAAACACCCAUAAUGAGAGCAAGUGAGGUAGGGGAGGGAAUAGAUAGUACAGACAGGACCCAAACAGGAGGACAUUGUGCAUAACUCUGCAGAUCUGGUCACACACUGUAGAUUUAGGAAUUACUGAAUCAGCAUUGUGCUAAAAGAAAUGUUGUUGAUUUCCUUGUGUUUUCUUCCUCAAAACUGGCCUUAGUUAUAUGUGACUAUGUGUAUGCAUAGCGUGCACAAGUGUUUGUAUGUCUGUAGGUAUAUGUGUAUGCAGGAUGAUAGGCAGAUAAACAUACACACACAGUUAUGCAGUAUUUUAUGUAUAUUGUUUUCCUUUUUUUAUCAUAUAAAUAGUAUAUUUUCUUUGGUCUGUUAUUUUAUGACUCUAUCUGAGAGGUGAACUUUCAUCCUUGUUUAUCAACAGUUUGGUUCAGCCAUUAGAAAGGUAACGGCCACUUUGAUUUCCUGUCUGUUUCCUCAUUCCCAUCACACCUCUGCCUCCCGC